AUGGACUGUGUCCUUGGACCCUGCGGGAAUCUUUGAGCUGGUGGAGGUGGUUGGCAAUGGAACCUACGGACAGGUGUACAAGGGUCGGCACGUCAAGACUGGGCAGCUGGCUGCCAUUAAGGUCAUGGAUGUCACAGAGGAUGAAGAGGAAGAGAUCAAACAGGAAAUCAACAUGUUGAAGAAGUACUCUCACCACCGUAACAUAGCCACCUACUACGGGGCCUUCAUCAAGAAGAGUCCUCCUGGGAACGACGACCAGCUGUGGCUGGUGAUGGAGUUCUGUGGUGCUGGCUCUGUAACCGACCUGGUGAAGAACACGAAAGGGAACGCGCUCAAGGAGGACUGCAUUGCUUACAUCUGCAGGGAGAUUCUCAGGGGUCUUGCCCAUCUCCAUGCCCACAAGGUGAUCCACCGGGACAUCAAGGGGCAGAACGUGCUGCUGACGGAGAACGCGGAGGUCAAGCUAGUGGAUUUCGGUGUGAGCGCACAACUGGACCGCACUGUGGGCAGGCGCAACACCUUUAUCGGGACCCCGUACUGGAUGGCCCCCGAAGUCAUUGCCUGCGAUGAGAACCCCGACGCCACCUACGACUACAGGAGUGACAUUUGGUCUCUAGGAAUCACAGCCAUCGAAAUGGCAGAGGGGGCCCCCCCUCUGUGUGACAUGCACCCCAUGCGGGCUCUCUUCCUCAUCCCUCGGAACCCUCCCCCCAGGCUCAAGUCAAAGAAAUGGUCCAAGAAGUUCACGGACUUCAUUGACACAUGUCUCAUCAAGACCUACCUGAGCCGCCCGCCAACCGAGCAAUUGCUCAAGUUCCCCUUUAUCCGAGACCAGCCCACGGAGCGCCAGGUCCGCAUCCAGCUCAAGGACCACAUCGACCGCUCCCGGAAGAAGCGGGGUGAGAAAGAAGAGACAGAGUACGAGUACAGCGGCAGCGAAGAGGAAGACGACAGCCAUGGGGAUGAGGGCGAGCCGAGCUCCAUCAUGAACGUGCCCGGGGAGUCCACCCUGCGCCGAGAGUUCCUCCGCCUGCAGCAGGAGAACAAGAGCAACUCCGAGGCUCUAAAGCAGCAGCAGCAGCUGCAGCAGCAGCAGCAGCGGGACCCCGAGGCGCACAUCAAACAGCUGCUGCACCAGAGGCAGCGCCGCAUCGAGGAGCAGAAGGAGGAGCGGAGGCGCGUGGAGGAGCAACAGCGGCGCGAGCGGGAGCAACGGAAGCUGCAGGAGAAGGAGCAGCGGCGGCUGGAGGACCGGCAGGCCCUGCGGCGCGAGGAGGAGAGGCGGCAGGCCGAGCGCGAGCAGCAAUAUAUCCGUCACAGGCUAGAGGAGGAGCAGCGACAGCUCGAGAUCCUUCAGCAACAGCUGCUCCAGGAACAGGCCCUGCUGCUGGAAUACAAGCGGAAGCAGCUGGAGGAGCAGCGGCAGUCCGAGCGGCUGCAGAGACAGCUGCAGCAGGAGCACGCCUACCUCAAGUCCCUGCAGCAGCAGCAGCAGCAGCAGCUCCAGAAGCAGCAGCAGCAGCAGCAGCAGCAGCAGCAGCAGCAGCAGCAGCAGAUCCUGCCUGGGGACAGGAAGCCCCUGUAUCAUUAUGGCCGGGGCAUUAAUCCUGCUGACAAGCCAGCUUGGGCCCGAGAGGUGGAAGAGAGAGCAAGGCUGAAUAAGCAGCAGAGCUCUCCCUUGGCCAAGACCAAGCCAAGCAGCGCAGGCCCGGAGCCCCCCGUCUCCCAGGCCUCUCCUAGCCCCCCGGGGCCGCUUUCCCAAACUCCUCCUAUGCAGAGGCCUGUGGAGCCUCAAGAGGGAGCACACAAGAGCCUGGUAGCCCACCGGGUCCCACUGAAGCCAUAUGCAGCACCUGUACCCCGAUCCCAGUCCCUGCAGGACCAGCCCACACGAAACCUGGCAGCCUUCCCAGCCUCCCAAGACCCUGACCCUGCUGCCGCCCCCACGCCCGCCGCUGUGCCCAGCGCCCGGGGAGCUGUCAUCCGCCAGAAUUCAGACCCCACCUCUGAAGGGCCUGGUCCCAGCCCCACCCCCCCAUCCUGGGUCCGGCCUGACAGUGAGGCUCCACCCAAGGUUCCUCAGAGGACCUCGUCUAUCGCCACUGCCCUUAACACCAGCGGGGCCGGAGGAGGGUCCCGGCCGGCUCAGGCUGUCCGUGCCAGACCUCGCAGCAACUCCGCCUGGCAAAUCUAUCUGCAGAGGCGGGCAGAGCGGGGCGCCCCCCAGCCUCCCAGGCCCCCCGCUCAGCCCCCUGGCCCGCCCAGCGCCUCUAGUAACCCCGACCUCAGGAGGAGUGACCCCGGCUGGGAGCGCACUGACAGCGUCCUCCCGGCCGCUCACGGACACCUCCCUCAGGCCGGCUCACUGGAGCGCAACCGGAACCGGGUAGCAGCCUCCACAAAACUGGACGGCCCCCCAGUGCUCUCCCCUGGGAGCAAAGCCAAACCUGAGGACCACCGCUCCCGGCCAGGCCGGCCUGCAAGCUAUAAGCGGGCGAUUGGUGAGGAUUUUGUGUUGCUCAAAGAGCGGACCCUGGACGAGGUCCCUCGACCGCCCAAGAAGGCCAUGGAUUACUCCUCGUCCAGUGAGGAGGGGGAGAGCAGUGACGAGGAGGAGGAGGAAGGCGACGGGGAGCCGUCCGAGGGGAGCAGAGACACUCCCGGGGGCCGCAGUGACGGCGAUACGGACAGUGUCAGCACCAUGGUGGUCCACGAUGUUGAGGAGAUAGCCGGGACCCAGCCCCCGUAUGGGGGCGGCACCAUGCUGGUCCAGCGCACCCCUGAAGAGGAGCGAAGCCUGCUGCUCGCCGACAGCAAUGGCUACACAAACCUGCCAGAUGUGGUCCAGCCCAGCCACUCCCCAACCGAGAACAGCAAAGGCCAAAGCCCUCCAGCGAAAGAUGGAGGCAGCGACUACCAGUCUCGUGGGCUGGUAAAGGCCUCCGGGAAGAGCUCGUUCACCAUGUUUGUGGAUCUGGGGCUCUACCAGCCCGGAGGCACUGGGGAUGCCAUCCCCGUCACAGCCCUGGUGGGUGGAGAGGGCGGCCGCCUCGACCAGCUGCAGUUCGACGUGAGGAAGGGCUCCGUGGUCAACGUCAACCCUACCAACACCCGAGCGCACAGUGAGACGCCCGAGAUCCGGAAGUACAAGAAGCGAUUCAACUCGGAGAUCCUGUGCGCCGCCCUCUGGGGGGUCAACCUGCUGGUGGGCACGGAGAACGGGCUGAUGCUGCUGGACCGCAGCGGCCAGGGCAAGGUGUACGGGCUGAUCGGGCGGCGGCGCUUCCAGCAGAUGGACGUGCUGGAGGGCCUCAACCUGCUCAUCACCAUCUCAGGGAAGAGGAACAAACUGCGGGUCUAUUACCUGUCCUGGCUUCGGAACAAGAUUCUGCACAACGACCCCGAGGUGGAGAAGAAGCAGGGCUGGACCACCGUGGGCGACAUGGAGGGCUGCGGCCACUACCGCGUCGUCAAGUACGAGCGCAUCAAGUUCCUGGUCAUCGCCCUCAAGAGCUCGGUGGAGGUGUACGCCUGGGCCCCCAAACCCUACCACAAGUUCAUGGCCUUCAAGUCCUUCGCCGACCUGCCUCACCGGCCCCUGCUGGUGGACCUGACGGUGGAGGAGGGGCAGCGGCUCAAGGUCAUCUACGGCUCCAGCGCCGGCUUCCACGCCGUGGACGUGGACUCCGGGAACAGCUACGACGUCUACAUCCCGGUGCACAUCCAGAGCCAGAUCACGCCCCACGCCAUCAUCUUCCUCCCCAACACCGACGGCAUGGAGAUGCUGCUGUGCUACGAGGACGAGGGCGUGUACGUGAACACGUACGGGCGCAUCAUCAAGGACGUGGUGCUGCAGUGGGGGGAGAUGCCCACCUCUGUCGCCUACAUCUGCUCCAACCAGAUCAUGGGCUGGGGAGAGAAAGCCAUCGAGAUCCGCUCCGUGGAGACGGGCCACCUGGACGGCGUCUUCAUGCACAAGCGGGCCCAGAGGCUCAAGUUCCUGUGCGAGCGCAACGACAAGGUGUUCUUCGCCUCAGUCCGCUCUGGGGGAAGCAGCCAAGUUUACUUUAUGACCCUGAACCGGAACUGCAUCAUGAACUGGUGAUGAGGUCCUAGCCGGGCCCAUCUCUCUCAUCCCACAUGGACCCAGCCCUGUCCCACAGCCAGACUACCCAGGCCGCCUCGCCCAGCCCCGCCCUCCCCCGGCUUUUGCUUUUUACUGGUUUGAUUCACUGGAGCCUGCUGGGGACGUGACCUCUGCUCCCUGAAGCUUUUGUGAUCACGUGACCAUCCUUUCUCCCAACGUGUUCUCAAAACUGUGCCUCCCCAACCUCAGGGGAAAGGCCCAGGGUCCCCCAGCCAGGAAUUGAGCGGGCCUCGCCCCUCCCCUUCUCUCCACUCAGGAGAGUUCUGGGGCUCGCGCCCCUUGCCCCGUUGCUGCUGACUGAGCAGGGCCCUGUACCCCUUUAUUUGCACGCCAGGGGAGCCGGCUCCCCCCUUGAAUGUACCAGACUCUUGGGGGGGUUGUUCGCUAGGCCCUGGGUUCUGGGGGGGUCACCAGCCACUCCAGGGGCAGGGACCAUUUCCUCAUUUUCUGAAAGCACUUUAAUGACUCCCCGCCCCCCAGGCCCCAGGGAAGGGAGGAGGGACCCCACAGCCAAACAUUCCUCCCUCCACCCUCCCCUCUGGCCUCUCCUUUCCCUAGAGGGAGAGCCGCCGCCUCCGUGCUCCCUCGCUUGCAUCUGUACAUAGUGUGAGCAGCAAGUAGCCCUCGCUCCUGUGCCCUUUCUCCAUGUAGUGGCCUUGGACAUCCCGUUUGUUAAUAAAGACGAUUCAACCAGC